GCAUUCCAUUCCAUGGUGCCCACUCACUGCCUCUCCUUCGUAAAGCUCACACCACCAUUGCUUACAACUCUACCAUUGCUGGACAGACAAUCCAUCCCCUGUAUCUGGUCCCAAUUCCGCCAAUUCUCCCCCUCUCGUGUGUCUGUAUUCUCUUGUACCUUACUGCUGGAGCCUUAUUUGCAGACUUCUUCAUCAGCUCCUGAGGCUUGGACCUUGUUGCUGUGGGUGGAAUUGGAGCGGUAGUUGUCGCACAGGGUAGGCAACGCGCGUGGGUUGCGGUUGGAAUUUCGUGUUGGGUGGAAUAGUGGUUCGUUUUGGACUUGGGGUGUGUCCCAUGGAGUCACUUGGCGCAGAGUUUUUGUUUUGUCGAUUGCUGUGGAGUAUGUGGGCAGGUGGAUAUUGAGGAUUUUAGAGUUGUUUGGAGCAGGGGCGCAUGAGAAUUUGGGUUUAAGAUCCGCACCGCUGUAUAGUGGGUGCGUGUGAUUAUGUGGAGGCACACUCCGAACUCUGAUUUCAGCCUCUUGAAUUUCCAAGUGGGACGGUUGCUGUUUCCAGUUUGAGGCGGCCUUCGUUACGUACUGAACACUACUUUUUAAGGCGUUCGCAGCUUAGCAGGGUUUGGGGGAUUGGUGUUUCGAGAGAAAGGGAGAGAGAGAGAGAGAGAGAGAGAGUUUGGAAAACGGUAUGUGACGUUGUUGGCGAAUUUCGUAAGGAGAAGAAGCUAUGGCAGCGUCAAUCCGGGUUAGUGUCCCUUAUACAGUGGGUUUUGUGAAGGAGGAGCCGCAAACCAGAGUUCGGCCCUCUCAUGAUCAUGACUGUGAAUCUGCCGAUAUUGCAAGGAGUGAUGUGGACAAAGAUUUUCUGUGUCCGAUUUGUUUUCAGCCAAUGGAAGACGCGUUUCUUACUAGCUGCGGGCACAGUUUUUGUUACUCGUGUAUCACAACUCAUUUGAACAACAGAAAUAACUGCCCUAACUGCGCUCGAUACCUCACAGCGGAUCGGCUCAUACCCAACUUCCUCGUAACGAAGCUGAUGAGGAAAUUGACAUCCUUCCAUUGCUCCGGCAAAAUUUCUCCUGCAGAACAUUUGCGAUUUGUACUCCAACAGGGGGCUGAUUUACCUAUGAAAGAUAUAGACUCACUGUUGCAUUUGCUAAGUGAGCGAAAGCGCCGAGUUGAGCAAGAUGAGGCCGAAUCUAAUAUGGAGGUUCUACUCGAUUUUCUUCACCUAUCAUGUCAACUAAAGCAGGAAGAGCUGGCGGAGUUGCAGGGUGAUCUUCAGUAUCUCAAAGAAGACAUAGCUACUGUCGAGAGUCGACGGCAGGAGUUGCUGAGAGCAAAAAAGAAGUUUGCUAAACGAUCUCGCUUAACUGCGGAUUUGUCAUCCCCCACUUUAGAUACUCACUCAGGAUGUGACCAGGGAAUCAAUGAAGGUGCUAUUUCUGUUUGGCGAGGUGGGCAGGGUGGUGCACUUGCCCCUCUACGUGAACAUAAAUUGAAGGGAGGGAAUUCGAUACGAACCUCGGCAUUUGCUAUGGCCAUAAAGGAUGAUGGCAAGAAUGGGAAUUAUUUUGCAAACUCUUUCUCAGAUCCACAUUCUGAGUCGGUAGGUGUUCCCAAAAUAAACAAGAGACAACGAGUGCUGGCACAGUUUGAGGAUUUACAAGAAGCUUAUCUGAUGCGGAGGAGAAAAGUGGCACGGAAUCAAAGACACAGACAGAUGCAGAAGCAGGAAUCUAUGAAGGAAGCAUCCAAGCUGUCAGAAAGCUAUCAGGAUGGGUUAGAAGAUUUUGAAUCUAUACUUUUAGCAUUUACACGAUACAGCCGUCUCCGUGUUGUUACUGAGCUUCACCAUGGAGAUCUGUUCCACAGUUCUAAUAUUGUUUCAAGCAUUGAAUUUGAUCGCGAUGACGAGUUCUUUGCGACGGCGGGCGUAUCACGGCGUAUCAAAGUUUUUGAUUUUUCAAGGGUUGUAAAUGAUGUCGCAGACGUCCAUUGUCCAGUAGUGGAGAUUCCCACACGGUCCAAAUUGAGCUGCUUGAGUUGGAACAAGUGUGAAAAAUCUCUUAUUGCCAGUAGCGAUUACGAAGGAAUCGUUACAUUGUGGGAUGUUAAUACAAGACAGAGUGUUAUGGAAUAUGAGGAGCAUGAGCGGCGUGCUUGGAGUGUCGACUUCUCCCGUACAGAACCAUCCAUGCUGGUUUCUGGAAGUGACGAUGGAAAAGUUAAGGUGUGGUGCACAAGGCAAGAGACUAGCGCCCUUAGUCUGGAUAUGAGGGCCAACAUCUGCUGUGUAAAGUACAACCCUGGUUCCAGUAACCACAUUGCGGUUGGUUCCGCUGACCAUCAUAUACACUACUUUGAUUUGCGUAAUGCGAGAAUUCCUCUUUACGUAUUUAAGGGACACCGGAAGGCUGUAUCUUAUGUGAAGUUCAUAUCACCUACUGAGCUGGCUUCAGCAUCCACAGAUAGCACUCUUCGACUUUGGGAUGUCCAGAAAGACUGUUUGACCCGAACUCUGAGAGGACACACGAAUGAGAAGAACUUUGUGGGACUGACUGUCAACAGUGAAUAUGUUGCUUGCGGUAGUGAAUCGAACGAGGUCUUUGUGUAUCAUAAGGCAAUGUCGAAACCAGCUGCUUGGCAUAGAUUUGGGUCGCAGAACCCAGACGAUAGUGAUGACGAUAGCUCGCACUUCAUAAGUGCAGUGUGUUGGAAGAGUGAGAGCCCGACCAUGUUAGCGGCCAACUCACAAGGCACAAUUAAAGUACUCGUAUUGGCUGCUUGAAAAUCGACUCUCCUUCGUCUCUGGUUGACUAACAAUCCUUCUUCUUUUGAAUUCGCAGUUCAAAAAUUGAAGUGCCAAGUCCACUUGAUGAAUUCUGAAAGUGUUGUUAGUCAGUUGCUGCUAGCUUCACGCUUGAAGUGUCUGUUGGAUACAUGCAGGAGUGACUGUCUAGAUAAUGCUGUUGUUGUCAAGAUCCUCUAUGCAAGGUCGCAUUUUUAUUCUUUAAACUGUUACGUGAUAUGGUGAUUGACUUGUGUCAGUGUGUUAAAGAUGUCCAAGUCGCCCAGAUGAACCCACUUAGAUUAGAUUUCGGUGAACAAAUUUUGUACAUUAAAGAGCCUCCAACAAUAUAGUGGGCAUCAAUAAUUGGCCUAUACUUUGAAUGUA